UCUAGAGGCGCCUUUCUGCAGUGUAUAUAAUGCUCGUCUGCAGCACAGCGAGCUCACAGUUCCCCAGAACUGCUCAGUGCUGACGGAGCCAGGCAAGCCGGAGCCCGGAGGGAGGAACUUUGCUCGCCCCCCGCCCCCCACCUCGGAACCAUGGAUUUGCAUCUCUUCGACUACUCGGAACCGGGGAAUUUCUCCGACAUCAGCUGGCCGUGCAACAGCAGCGAGUGCCUCGUGGUGGACACGGUGCUGUGCUCCAACAUGCCAAACAAAAGCAUCCUGCUCUACACGCUCUCCUUUAUCUACAUUUUCAUCUUCGUGAUCGGCAUGGUGGCCAACUCCGUGGUGGUCUGGGUGAACAUUCAGGCCAAAACCACGGGCUACGACACGCACUGCUACAUCUUAAAUCUGGCCAUCGCCGACCUCUGGGUGGUCCUCACCAUCCCAGUCUGGGUGGUCAGCCUGGUGCAGCAUAACCAGUGGCCCAUGGGGGAGCUCACCUGCAAGAUCACACACCUGGUAUUCUCCAUCAACCUCUUCGGCAGCAUCUUCUUCCUUGCGUGCAUGAGCGUGGACCGCUACCUCUCCAUCACCUACUUCGCCAACACCGCCAGCUGCCGGAAGAAGACGGUGCGCCGCGUCGUCUGCAUUCUGGUGUGGCUUCUCGCCUUCUGUGUGUCCCUGCCCGACACGUACUACCUGAAGACCGUCACGUCGGCGUCCAACAACGAGACCUACUGUCGGUCCUUCUACCCGGAGCACAGCGUUAAGGAGUGGCUCAUUGGCAUGGAGCUGGUCUCGGUGGUCUUGGGCUUCGCCGUUCCUUUCUCUGUCAUCGCUGUCUUCUACUUCCUCCUUGCCAGGGCCAUCUCGGCAUCCGGCGACCAAGAGAAGCACAGCAGCCGCAAGAUUAUCUUUUCCUACGUGGUUGUCUUCCUCGUCUGCUGGCUCCCCUACCAUGUGGUGGUGCUCCUGGAUGUCUUCUCCGUCCUCCACUACAUCCCUUUCACCUGCCAGCUGGAGAACUUUCUCUUCACGGCUCUGCACGUCACGCAGUGUCUGUCCCUGGUGCAUUGCUGUGUCAACCCCGUGCUCUACAGCUUCAUCAAUCGCAACUACAGGUACGAGCUGAUGAAGGCCUUCAUUUUUAAGUACUCGGCCAAGACGGGGCUCACCAAGCUGAUCGAUGCUUCCCGAGUGUCCGAGACGGAGUACUCUGCUUUGGAGCAGAACACCAAGUGAUCCCCUGCCAAGUCUCCAGCGCCCACGUGCUUGUUUUUUAGGAGGUCGUUGGUCCGCAGAUUUUUCAGCUUCGGUCUUGAUGUUUGGGUGACUGGACGGUGGGUUGGAGCCCUGGUGCGUUUUUUCUCCCUCUCCCGGGCCAUGCAUCCGGAUAGUUCUCUAUCCUGUUACAGUGAGCUGGGCGGCUGGUGCUACGUGUCAAGUUCAGCUUCAGGAUGGGCUCUCCUGGGCCUCUGUAGAAUAGGACUUUCUGAGUUUCCUUAAUUUUUUUUUUAUAUGGUAAUUUGUAUUUAAGUCCUCAGACUUUAUUUUCUCACUAUUGGCAUACCUUAUAAAUGUAUUUGAAAGUUAAAUAUAUUUUGAAUAUUGACCGGAUGUAUAAUGCUGACUUCUACUCAGAGUGUUACAAUUGCAAGGUUAGCUUGACUUCAGUUUUGACUAAGGAUGACAUUAAUUGUUAGCUGUUUUGAAAUGAUAAAUAAAUAUAUAUAUAUAAAUAUAUAUAUAAAUAUAUGCCAGUUUUGGCUGAAAUGUUCUAUUUACAAUAGUUUUAUAUCUGGGUGGUGCUUCGUACCAGCAUGGGGGUAUGGGAUGCAAACUGUUGUGUAGCACAGUUUGGGACAUGAAUAGUAUCGUAAAAUUGCAUUCAAAAAUGAAACUGCUCUAGGUUGCAACACUGUGCACAAAAUCGACAGUCCUAGUUCGGCGAGUUCUGUCAAUUUGUAAGUUAUUUUUUUUAAUAAAGUGUUUUUUUUUUUU